UCUCCCUCCCUCCUUUCCCAACCCACCUAUCUCAAUUCUGGAUUCUCACGCAGUCACGCUGCAAGAAAAAAAUUAAUAGCCCACUGCCCAGACCCCAGUUCAGGCAGCCGCAGCCUUCACGUCGACCGUUGACGUAUUCAGACGCCGCCACGUCGGAGUCUGUCGACAACUGGGCCUGCACGACGACGCACGCCGACCAGGCGACCGCGGACCACCGCCGCACUGCGCCGCACGCCCGCAAUCCUCCGACCACUCGAUCAGCCAUCGCCAUCAGUUGAUGACAUGGAGGAGAGCCAGAGUAUAACUGUUACAUCAUCAUCUUUGGUAGACACUCCUGCUCCUGAGGAUGCAGAAGCUGGUGCAUUGACGACUGCUGACUUUUCAGGAUGUCAUGGAGGUAGCUCAUUAGAUGAUGAAACUUGGCUGACUGACUGUGAUGAAGAAACAGAAGCUUUUUACUUAGAUAGGGAAGGGAAAAGGAGACGGGAGGAAUUUUAUAACGCUGGAUAUCGGGAUGGUGUAGCAGCAGGAAAAAUUGAUGCUGCACAAGAUGGUUUCAAUCAGGGUUUCAAGGAUUCUGUGAUGGUUGGAUACAAGUGGGGCAUUACAAGGGGUGUAACCAGUGCCUUAGCUCAUAUCCCGAAUGAGCUGCAGCUGAAACUUGUUGAAACUGAAGAAAAGAGGAAAGAGUUUAUCAACUUGUAUGAGGCUGUGGAUUCUAUUGAAACAGGAGAUGCAUUGAAUCUGUUUAGUCAUACUAUUCAGCGAAGGGCAUCAGCAGAAAGAACAAGUAAUCUUGAAUCUGAUUCUUCGAUCACCCCUUCAAGUAAUUCUGAACAUAGUGAUCUGGAGAGUUACUUUGGAAAGUUGGAGUUACUCCUAACAGAAUCUCCUGUGAUUGAUGUGCAACUAGAACUAGACAAAAACAGGGUUUUCUAAGGUGGUCCCAUGGUGGACUUGUAGUUGCAUUAUGCAACUUGAAAGUGGACAUGUCCAUAUUUACUGAAGGAGAAGCAUUUUUGAUUUAUUAGUAGUAUAUUAUAUAAGAUGAGCCUUCCUCAGAAAUUGUUUUCUUGCUGCAUGUAUGGUGCUGAUUUAUCGCAAAUCUGACUAUAUAAGAUUCAGGAUACGUAUUGACA